AGAAGAAAUUAUAGCCAUGAGUGGAAGGGGCAAAGGCGGCAAAGGACUCGGAAAAGGAGGCGCCAAGCGUCACCGUAAAGUUCUUCGUGAUAACAUCCAGGGAAUCACCAAACCCGCCAUCCGCCGUCUGGCUCGCCGUGGCGGAGUGAAGCGUAUCUCUGGUCUGAUCUACGAGGAGACCCGCGGUGUGCUGAAGGUGUUCCUGGAGAACGUGAUCCGUGACGCCGUUACCUACACCGAGCACGCCAAGCGGAAGACCGUGACCGCCAUGGACGUGGUGUACGCUCUGAAGAGACAGGGUCGCACUCUGUACGGCUUCGGCGGUUAAACCUACUCAUACCAAUUGAAGUAAUUAAACGGCUCUUUUAAGAGCCACACACCUCACUGUAAGAGCUUUGGGUUUGAGUGAUAGUAAUGUGGGAUACUACUGACUUCUUUUGCGAUCCAAUACAAAGUAAAACUUUUGGUGGUAUCGACAAUACUGAUCCGAUACUUUGUACAAGAACUUGUUUUAUUCUUUACAUAUUUUAUUGUAUCUCAAAUUACAGCGUCAUCAU